CCUCGCCUCCUACACACUACCACUACCACUACCGCUGCCUCCUUUGCAUCACUUUCUCUUACAAUCAUAUUUUAUCUAAUUCUUGCAUGGCAGAGAGCCUACUUACACAAGAGAUAUCCGAUCUGUGUCUAGGCAAGCCUGCACUGAGGUCUCUCCCGCUCACCGCUACGGUGGCUGAAGCUCUCUCCGCUCUUAAGAACUUCGAUGAUAACUUCUUAAGCGUCUGGAGUUGUGACCACGCGCGUAAAACAAUUACUGGGUUUGAAGCUGAUGCUGAUGAAAAUGAGUGUAAAUGUGUUGGGAAGGUGAGCAUGGUGGAUGUCAUAUGCUAUCUUUGCAAGGAUGAGAACUUGAUGUGCCCUUCCACUGCCUUGAAAGCUCCUCUCUCUGUUCUUUUGCCUAAGAUUCCUGGCCUUGUCACGCAUGCAGAACCAUCUGCGAGCUUAUUAGGAGCAAUUGAUCUGAUCCUACAAGGAGCUCAAAAUCUGGUAGUACCAAUAAAUGCUAGACUCAAUUCCUCCAGUUCAAGAAGAAAACAGCAGCAGAAACUCUUGGUAACAACUAACACCCCCACAACCACCCACGGCGGCCGCGAAUUCUGCUGGCUAACUCAAGAAGAUAUAAUCAGAUUCCUUCUGAGCUCCAUCGGCCUUUUCUCUCCCCUACCGGCUCUCUCCAUCAACACCCUUGGCAUCAUCAGCACUGACAUCUUUACCAUAGAUUACCAUUCCCCUGCUUCCUCUGCACUUGGAGCCAUUUCUCGCUGUCUCACAGAUCACACUUCGGUCGCAGUUGUUGAUGGCGAAGAGGGCAUCUUGAUCGGGGAGUUGUCACCAUUCACACUAGCUUGCUGCGAUGAGACCGUCGCAGCAGCCAUCACUACCCUGUCCUGUGGGGAUUUAAUGGCCUACAUUGACUGUGGAGGCCCCCCAGAGGACCUUGUCAGGAUAGUGAUGGCAAGACUGAAGCAGAGAGGCCUAGAAGCUAUGCUAAAACAAUUCACAAACUCUACAACAUCACUGGUCUCACUUUCAUCUUCAUCAUCAUCAGAUGAGGAGUCAGGAACACCAUUAAAUUGGUCAGGGAAGUACAGUAGGUCAAUGAGUUAUUCUGCAAGGUUGUUGAGAAGAGCAGAGGCAAUAGUUUGCUAUCCCAAGAGCUCCCUGGUGGCAGUGAUGAUUCAGGCAAUUGCACACAGAGUGAAUUAUGCGUGGGUUAUAGAGGAGGAUUGUAGCUUGAUUGGCAUUGUCACAUUUUGUAAUAUGCUGAAGGUUUUCAGGGAACAUUUAGAGGCUAUGGCCUAAAAAUGCUGAGCAGAGGAGUGAUGAGGAGCUUUCUAGUAAGUUUUGUCUUUUGGGUUUCAAUUAUCUGCUAAGGCUUAGAUGCUAAUGUGGUGAGAGCUUUGUUUGAGAAAAUAAAUGAUUAGGACUGUGAUGUGAACAUGGGAACUUUUUUCUUCACUUUAUGUUUGUGCUUUUUACUUCUUUCUUUUUUCAAUCUAUGUGAAAGCAGGAAACUAAGUAGACAUUGGCAGAUGAUGUUUCUGUAAUCUGACCCCUUUUUCCUUUUUAUAUUGUAUUAAUGGGCAUUUUUUCUAGGUCAUGAUUUUGUUAA